AUGACCUGUUUUUUAGGAGUGAGUCCCAACGCAAUAUAUCCUUGUCCUCAUUGCGACAAAACGUUCAAGGUCCUCGGUUCUCUAAGACGGCAUGCACGGUAUUUCUGCGGCAAGAAACCACCACCGCUGACGGGAUACAAAAAAUGGUCAGAAGAAGACUUCGAAUGCCUGAAAUGCAACAAACAUUACAAACUGUAUUGCACUUUAAAGAGACAUAUUAUCCACGAGUGCGACAAACCUAAAAAAAUUGCUUGUCCGGUGGUAGGCUGCGAUUAUAUGGCGAAAAUGAACGACAGGAUGCUGAGCCAUUGAUAUUUCACAUGCGAGACUUGCAACAAAACGUACAAGCAUUCAAGAUCGUUGAGAAAACACGAAAGGUUUGAAUGCCAGAAAGAACCGCAAUUUGUAUGCGUUUAUUGCCCAUACAAAGCCAAAUUAAGAGGCAAUUUAAGAAAGCACAUAAUGGUCAAACAUAGAGAAGAAUGGACUUCCGGUGCUGCGAAAAUUUAUGUGCAGAGAACCAAAAAACAACCAGUAGACGUUUAA